UAAACAAAACAUUUUAUUAAUAUUGAUUCUGUAGAGCAUUUCGAAUGGUGCCCUACUAAUUAUGGCGCGAAAUUCGAAUUUUUAAAUCAACAACUCUUAUUAAACAUACAUUAUACUUAUGUCUAAAAACUUUUAAGUCAAUCUAACCAACUUUAAAAAUAAAUUUCACCAAAUAGCAAUGAUCCUUGAAAUAAAAUCGUGCAAAUCCACGUGAUCGGAAAUUGUAACCAACGUGAGGCAGCAUGUAACCACUUGGUUGGAUAUCACACGCAAAGCCAAACGUGGAGAACUCGUUCUUUCGUUUUAAUUUCGUUAAGUGCUCUCGUACCACGUAACCAACCAUGGUCACGUGUAGUCUGGUUUAACCGGAAAUUCGGUCACGUUUAAUUUGCGUACCGUUGCCCCCUACGAUUAAUGUUAAAAAUUAAUUUUUAUAUUAUUCUUAUUAUUAUUUUCUUGAUUUCGCACACUCCUGGUAAUCGUCGCCUUCCUAUCUCUUAUCGGACGAUUUUAACAUGUGAUCCCGAAAUGAUUCGCUUCUAAAAAGGUUUCACUUUAAAGAAUCGGUUAUGCAAUUAUAUACGAACUUUUAUCGCUUCACGGUAAUUUUUUUCUCAUUGUAAAACUAUUCUUACAAGUCGCCUUCCUGGAAGUUACUUUUAAACGGAACAAAAAACGUAUCGCAUGCUCGUGAACAUGUUUCUUCAUCCGCCUUAUCAGACAGCGAAAUUCUUAUCAGUAUUUUAACACACGAAGAUUACCGUGUUUUUAGAAUGUAAUUCCUUUCAUUCACGUUGCUGGGAGGUCAGGUGUGUGUCCGUUGUGUCAACAAUGGAUGAUUUUGAAUUGUAAAAAGUUUGAUGAGAAUUCUUAACAGAAAAGUAUCAUCAAAUAGUACUUAGGGUAUAUCAGAUUAAAGCUUAAAGUUCAAUUUAAAAAAAAUUACAUAAACGUGCCGUCGGUAUUUUUAAUAAUAAAAUAAAUGUAUCCGUGUGUUCCCUCUUCAAAGGAGCUUUAAGCCCUCACCGCGAUCAAAGUGUGCAUUAUGCAUCAGUGCUUUUUUUUCCACAUUCGUGUUCCCCCAUCGGAAAGCAAAAGUAAGGAUCAAAGAGGAUGAGAGAAACUGCGUGCAAAAAUAGUUACGGUGAUAGAACAGCGAUUUCUUCUCAAAAUGGCUCCGACUGUCUGCUUGUCGGAGCUCCCAGCAAUAAGAAAACCAAUAAUUCCCCGUCGAAGGCAAAGAGUCCACAAUGGAGCCAUAGUGAAGCAGCAAAAGCUAGAAUUAAGAAGAUUAGAAGCGAACGCCUCUCUAACCCCACCGGAAAGCCCUCUCUGGGAACCGGAAUGUCCAGGUGAAUCCUGUGCAAGUAUAGUCAGUUCCUCUUCCCCAAGCGUUUCCGCCAGAGUCCCAAGAGACAUAGAGAAACACUGGAAAAUAUUCCUAGCUCGACGAAAAGGUCUUCUUGACAUCGUCGUUCGCACAAUGGCCCUCGUCAGAAGAAAUAAUAUUCUUCAGGAAAGAGUAAAUGCUCUCAGAGCUGAAACUAGAGAUUUCAUUCAUUCGGUAUUGAACAAUCCAGAGAAUAAGUGUAUUCAACAAAGACUAGACUGCAAGGAAACGGAUGUAACUUCCUCUACAGAGAACGUCGUCUCCAGAUCACCGUCCCUUCCUCCUACACCAGACUCAACAAAUGAUGAUGUCUCAUCGAGCAGUGAUCAUGAUACUGAAGAAUCUUGCGACGACGAAGCGUAAAUGUUAGGUGUAGAAAGAGAAGGUAAUUUAGAAGAAGAUUGAGAACGGAUAUGGUCACUUCUUGAUUGUGCGAAAGCUUGAAAAAAAAAAGAUGAGAUAGGAUCAAGACUGGGUUUUUAUUGAUUUACGUGAAUAUUGUCGAAAUUAAGGCUGAUAUUGUGUAAAAAGUAUUUUCAGAGGGGUUUUUGUUUUCUGUGUUAUGGAACAGUAGUUAAUUAACACGUUGACUAUUAUUAAAAGAUAGAAGGAGAGUUCUAAAUACCACUGAGAUUAAAUAAGAUUAAAUCAUUAAUUAAAUAAUUAUUUUUUAAUAUUCUUAAGCUCUUCACCUUAUCCAUCUAUCUAUAGAUACUAGAAACUUUUGCUAUGUAAAUCAACGUGUUAAUAAAUAAUAGUUGACUUUAGAUUAGUAAAUGCUUUGUUAAUUUUGUGCGUUUUGUACUACUUUUGUAAAAUUAACAUCGUAAUUAAUUAUUAUUGCUCUAGAGGCUGAUAAGUUUUCUUGUAACACGUAUACGAUUUCAUUUAAGAAAAUAAUUGAAUAUUCUCUGAAUGUUAAAAAUGUAAAGGUGGAAAAGUUGCAUUUUUCUUGUGAAAACAUUUAUUCUAUUAUUAAAGAUUUCGAUAAUAUUUACGUAUGUUAAAUAAAAUAGUUCAUAGGAUAAUUUAAAUGAUUGUGCGUAUCUAUAAAUGAGAAACAUUAAUAACUAAAUUUGAAGCAAUCUAGUUUCAGUAUUAGUUAGCUACUUUUGAUGUUCAUGCAUUGUUCUUCGAACAAAAUUUUAUUCUUUUCCUAGAAACAACUAAUUACUAAUAACAUUUAUUUUACAGAAUGUAAUAUACGAAUGAAAUUUGAAAAUAUUAAGCGGUUCGUGAAUCAAGAAGAGAUUGUAUAGAUUUGUAGGUAAUGUAUAUUAAAACGACUAAAUUCUUAAAGAAUUUCAAGUUUUAAGCUUCUUUUUCACACAUCAGUAGAUUGUAAGCUGUGCACCAUUUCAAUUUUAUGAAAUAAUUGUAGGGAAACUUACAUUAUUCAUAGAAACUAGCCAUUUCCAUUUUUGAAAUCUUUCUUUUAUGUUAGGUGUACAAAUCAAUUCGGUUUAUUCGUUUGUUUCUUAAUUUUUAAAAGUCGCUUCACUUUGCAAAUCUACAGAAGCGCGUGAAAAUUUAAAAUAAUGCUAAAGACACUGAAUUAAUUUGUACAUCUAUAUAGUAGUAUAUAUGUAGUUGCAUAUAUAUAUUUUAAUGAUUGAAAAAGAAUCUUAGCCUUAGGAUUUACAAUACAAACUUACAUAAUUAAAUACCUUAUGUAUCAAUGAAAUAACUAUCUAAAGGACUGUAAAAAUAUCAUGAUAUCAGUUCAGCAUAACUUGUAACAUAGAAUAAUUAAUUAAUAUUUUUUGUGAACCAUUGAAGACAAAGGAAAAUUAGAAUUUAAAAAAAAACGCCCUGCAAAAUUGGUGGCUGUGAAAUUUGUAUUUUGCACGUGUACUUUGCCUCUUUCGCUCUGAUUAAAUUAUAUAUUUUUUCAAUUAAUGAAAUUAACACUUUAACGAUCACGGUUGCAUAUAAUUUUGAGAAAGAGGUUAUUUUUUCUUUGUUUAUCGAUCGUGGGUGAUAUAUGUACAUUUGUAUUAGAAAUGUAUUAAAAAUUAAUUCGGUGCCGUUUCAUGGUAACUCCAAUUACUGAAAUCAUAUUCUGGCACUACUUUUCAAAUCCACCGAAACGCGAGAAAAUUUAAAAUAUAGAUGCUAAAGACACCGAAUUAAUUUGUAUAUACACCUAAUAUAUUUUGCCAUAAAUACUUGUUACAAUUUCACCUAAAAGCAAUGUUAAAUUCCGCGUUUGUAAAGCUAACUUUGUGAUCGUGUGAUAAUCAUAGUAUUUCUCACAUGUAUGUGAUAAUAAAUCGUCUUUGACGCAAUUUUUUUUU